CUCUCGGUCUUGCUCCCCACUUGCUCUCCCUCCCAAUUGCACUUCGGAUCCUGCGGACUCACACGCUCGUCCGUAUACCUUCUCAACCCGCAACCUUUCUCGGAUCCCAUCCCACCCCACAAAUACACCUCCCACCAUGGUCCCCAACCCCACCGGUUUCGACCUUCGCGAAUUCAAGGCCGCCGCUUCCCCGCGGUCAGCCUACGCCAAGAGGGAUCCCUGGGCCCGCUAUGAGACCUGGCGGUAUACCGGCCCCUUCAGCCGCUUCAACCGUUUCAAGCGCAUCUUCCCCGGCCUCGGGAUCGCGACCGUUGCGUUCGCCGGCUACUGCACAUACGAGCACUUCUUCCUCCAGGAUGAUCAUCACCACGGCGAGGCCCACCACUAAGCAAUUGAUGUGGGAGGACCGGAUAUGGAUAUGAAGGUGAAUGGGGUUGGUAGCCGAGGCACGGGAGAUGUGCAGAUACCCCGGGAUGAAAUCAGGAUGUGGUGGCUGUACUCAUAGAAGAGUUUAGGGGUGUUUCUUGAAAGCACGAAAAAAGAGAAGAGGGGACUCUCGGCUCUCGUGGGAGUCGACUAUCCGUUGAUCACCGGGUGGGCCCUAGCUCCCUACAAACGGCGCUUGGGUUGUUUUAUUUGUUGGUUGUAUAUAGUAUCGUUUGUUGUUACAUGAAGACUCAUUUU